GAAGUGCCCAAAGAACUCAAUUACUGUCGAUAUAUGGUCUUAGGGUCGGCCGCAUCCAAACGGCACUUAAAUGCAUUUAUGGAGUAUUUCAACAAAGUAUACAAAGCGAAGAAACACGUGAAGGACCCCUUCCUCGAUAUUGGCGGUAAAAAAGCCGAAGACUGGAAAGUGGUUGAUAUGAAGAGCAUUGUUCUGCACCUCUUUUAUGGCAAUAUACGGGAACAUUACGACAUCGAAACCCUGUGGACAGUCGGCCACGAGUUUGACGAAAAGAUCCAAAGACCAGAACCCGAUACUGUGGUCGAUAUCAUGGAAAAGCACAUGAAAUACUUGGAGGGACUGACGCCACAGAAUUGAUUGUUUUGUUUAUAAUUUUCAUAACAAUUAAUGCCAAGUGUUGUCACUUUUGCAUAACAAUAAUGUUUUGUUUGUGUAAUUUUAUAUGUAUUUAAUUAUUGAUUAGUUUUUUUAAAGUAGAAUUUAAAUGAUAAAUAAAUUAUGAACUAUUUCUUACUGCAAAA